CUCAUUAGUCUCGAGCAAAUGUUCACAAGCCCUCUAUGGAGACCUAAAUUUCAGGAGCUUUAGCAAGGAUGAGUCAUACUAAAAAUGCUGAUCUUGCAAGAAAUUUGUCCCAAAAUUGAAGCCAACUUUGAAAGUGAGUCAGUCAGCUAAUUCGCUUGGCUCAAGGGGGUUCUUUCUUUGAAAAUAAACAUCUUGUUCAGUCAAUCCUUUUCAUCAUGGGGAAGGGCAAGGGAAAAGGAACCGGAAACUCCUUCACGGAUGACCAAAUGGAAGUCUACAAAGAGUGCUUUCGUCUUAUGGAUGUGGACAAAGAUGGUGUUAUCAAUAAGAACGAUCUCCGUGCUGCUUUUGACAACGUUGGGCGCCUCAUGUUGGAUGAAGAACUGAACGCCAUGUUGAGUGAUAUUGGAGGCCAAUGUACCUUUGAAAACAUGAUCAAAUGCUUUGACAACAAAAUGGCCGGUGGUGUCAAUGAUGCUGAUGAGUUGGUCAUUCAAGCCAUCAAAUGCCACGAUGAUGAAGUGAUCGAAACUGUGAAGGGUGUCACCACCGUGAAACAUCUGAUUCUGGCCGAAGACUUCAAACACGCUUUGAUGACAUUCGGGGAUAAACUGACUCAAGAAGAGAUCGACGACAUCUUUGGCGAGUUCGAGUUUGACGACGAUGGUUUCAUCUUGACCAAAAGUGUCGUGGAUUUGUUCGUUGCCGGUGGGAUGGACGAGAAGGAAGAGGAUAAAGAGGACUCGAAGAAGAAAGCAAAUGGUUCCCACGGAGAUGGAGACGAUGGAGGAGCUCCUGACGCCACACCCGAUGUUGCCGGAGAAGGUGGCAAGAAGAAAAAGAAGAAGAAGAAGGCCGCCAAAUAAGUUCUUGGGGCAUCUCCAUCCAUUGUAUCAUCGUGUUAUGAUUUAUUACCAAGCUCAAUCAAUCAAAGCUACCAAAUAACGAAGUGUUUCAAUUAAAAUGCAAAUGGGAAUAAUAUGCAACGACGAGUUUAUGCUA